GUGGUUUGUGUUUAGUAUAUUAAAUAUUAUUUUUAUUAGUUAAUAUUGGAAUAGUUUAUUGUCUUAAAGAAUAAAUGCUUAAUUUUAAGACUUUAACGACCGGGUGCCUUGAUAUAAAAUUAGCAGUUAGAGAUAAUAUUGUAAACGAAGACAGUGUAUAUCAACUCAUGUUUCUUCUCCGUCAUAUUAUUUUGGGCACAACAAGCAGAUACCAACCUUAACUGUAAAUAAAAAUGUUCAAAAAGAAAACUUUUUCUUUCCUUUGAUCUUGUGGUGUUUGCAGUAUGAGAGGCACAUGUGAUCUAGGCAGCGGAAGUGUUGAUAUUUUUGCUGCUUAUCGAUUUGAACCGUACAGCAAAGUAAUUAGAACCAUUAGUUCAUUACUAAGUAGUUACUUGUAUCGCACGGAACAAAAUAUUUUUCUAAAACUUCGCUAUCGAAAAAUAACGAUCUCUUUCAUUAAAGUGUAUUAUAUGUUUUGACAAAAAAACAGUUUUGUUUUCGAUUAAGUAAUGAUUUUCCACAAUCUAUAUCGGAUAUGAUUCCCUGCUUUUUAGUGCGAACUUUAUUUUUAUAUUUUGGUAUAUAUUCUGAAGUAAAUCCCUAUGAUGUACGAAUAACAAAGUUAACGCCAAUAGCUCGAUACAAAUUACCUCAAAGUGUCGGACAUGGUUUGUUCAAAAUGUGUUACUAUAACAACAAAUGGGUACAAUGCCCAAGUGCUUUGCAAUAUGGCCCUCAUUACGAAACGCUGAAUAUCAGAAGAAUUCACUCACACGUUUUAAAGUUUCCCUUCUCACGUCUUCACUUAGAGCGUGCCAUUGCUCCAGUACCUGUGUCACUUAAAGGAAUGAUAGACGAUACUAUUCCAUCGUCAACUAUCUACAACAUUUCGCCAUUUCAUUAUUAUGAUCAUAAUAAUGAAAUCCAUAAAAAUAAGACGAAUAUUUUUUUAUCACAACAAAGAAAGUUUAAUUAUCAAGUAACGACGCCAACUUAUACUACCGUGCAUAAAACAUUUACACAUUCAUUAGACGAUUCGAUAAUGACAACUGCAUACGAAAAAUCAAAUAUUAAUAACCAGAAUAAUAUUAAUACAAAGCCUGCAAAAAUUCAAGAAAGCGAAAAAUCAAGUGAAGAUUUUGCUGACAUAUUUUUUAAAUCAUUAAAUCGUUUUGAACGUGUCUUUUACCAGGUGACAUUUAAUAAACUUACAGCAAUAAGUCCGCUUAAUCGUCAAGAAAAUGGAAUUAGUUUUAUUCAAUCAGCACUGUUUUUAUAUUUAGCUCUCAUGGCUAUAUCCACAGAAGUUGAUCAAUCCACUAAAUUAGAAAUCGAGAAAUGCUUAGGGUACAAUGCAUCUCAAAUGGAAGAGAUAAAAAUGUUGAGACAUAUUAUUUCAUGGCUACCGAAUUCAAAUAUGGAUAUAAAAUUUCGCUGGGCUUCCCGUCUCGUACUCAGCGCAGGGUUGCCAGUCAGCCAGCAGUUUGUCAACAAUGUCGCACCAGCUGCACAACUGAGUGUGAGGCGAUUUAAUGGCACGGAGACUCCAAUUGUUUUAAGCAAAAGUCUUAAUUCUAUGAUCGAAGAAGAUUCGGGCGGUGCAAUGCGUGAUACUUUCGAAGUGGAAGAGAUGUCAGGGGGAGUGUGUUCGAUAUUGUUGAACACCAUGUACAUUCGCGCUCGCUGGCGUUCACCUCCCACUGUACUAAACGGUACCAGGCGCUUCUAUUACGCAAGCAAAGCAACUCCUAGCUCCGUACGGAUGAUACGGAUUAACGAUAUCAUGCGAUAUUGUCCCCUUGACGAAUGGAAUGCUGACGCCAUCGAAAUUAACUAUGCAACUCCUGACCUGUCACUUAUGUUGCUGGUUCCUCGGGGACACUCUAUCAGAAGUUUAGCGGAGAUCAUGUCAAAUAAAAGCAUACAAGAUCUUAAUAAAAAUAUGCGCACAAUGCGAAUUGCCGCAACUAUGCCUAUUUACACUUUACGAAUGACUUUACUGUUACCAGGCAAACUAAAAACGAUGGGCACUUCUCGUUUAGUUGAGAUGAACAAUUCCAGUGGUUGCGAUGAAAUUCGUCUUUCUCAUGCUGUCCAGCGCCUUAUGUUUUGGGCAGAAGCUGGCAAACAUGCUUAUAAAGACGACGGAAUUGAGUGGGACGAGACACCGGAAUUAGAAAUUGUGUUAGAUCGGCCCUAUAUAUUUUAUGUCCGAUGGAAAAAUGUCACAUUAAUGAAUGGAAAUUUUGUAUUAUAGAAAUACACUAAUAAAUAGACAAUUAAA